GGGGUCAAAGACAAUAUUGAAGACAAUUUACAUCAAAGUGCAGAGGGUUUUUUUAUACUAGAAAUGAUAUUUAACUGAAGUCUCUCCGCGGAAAAAAGCAUCGAAAAGAGAAGUAUAAAGCAUAUAUUUUAGCUAUUUUUACUGAAUAUCCUAUGGAGAGCGAAACGGCGCCGAGAGAACGAAAAAUUCGACGAGGGAUCGUGAUGCUAAGUUCUUCACAAGUAGCACUUGGUGCUGUGAUUAUAGGCAUGUCAUUCACGGCGUUUGCGUCCACUUCGUCUGCCAAAAUACGCGGUUCUUCACCGUAUUGGGCUGGCUUUAUGGUAAGGUUUAGUGUGAGUAUGGUACCACUGUUUCCUGCUGUUUUUUCCACUUUACAGCCAGGACGGGAAUUUUUUGUAAACACAUCAAUUAAUGAACAAUAUUGUUUGUUACGUAAUUGUAUCAGUUAAUGAUGGGCUUAAUUAGUAGUUAUUGAUUAGUACUAAUACCAAUUAUAAACUCUAAUUAAAGCUAAUUCCCAUGUAAAGUAGUAUUCUACAGUAAGUGAUGAUGUUUGGUACAACCUAAUUGUCUAAUUAGGUAGUACAUGUGCUUUUUACCAUUAAAACAACAUUGAAGCUUUGAAUUGGCCAUAUAUUCUAUACCCCCCUCCCCCAACCACACAGUGUCUCCCCAACUCCCUCAAUGAAGGAAUUGAAAUGGCUUUAAUAUCUUUUCAUUGAAAUGGCUUUAAUAUCUUUUCAUUGAAUUGGCUUUAAUAUUUUUUUCCAGAUACUUCAAACACAAACCUUUGCAGCUUACCAAAUAAACCUAAUAUAGUCCCCUCUAACUGUGUUUUUGCCUCAACGUUUAGGCACUUUUUACUGGGUCUGUUGGCUUCCUAACCUGGAAACAAUUGUCAAUAGUUUCGGUAAGUCACAUAGUAUGUACAUCACUAAAGCAAUGACGCACUCCCGCCCAGAAAAAGCCACACCCUUUGCUUACCUGCAUGCCCGGAUUUUGAGGGGGGGGGGAGGAGUGGGGGACUUUGCCUGAGACAAGGCGUAAAAAAAUACCUGUGGUUCCGGUUUCUGACGGACCCUAUUUUUUCUGCUGACCCUAUUAUUUUUUCAAUGCGAUUGACCGUGUGACCCUAUUUUCUCCGGGUGGUUGCGGGCUGCUGCCAAAAUGGCGUCUGUUGUCACACUAAUUAUUGAAAAAAUCAUGAAAAAAAUAUUAAAAAAAAAAAUUAUUUCCAACUACCGACCCUAAUUUUUUCGCGAUAUGAAACCGCAACCACAGGUAUUUUUUUACGCCUAAUUUUGCACCUCCCCUGAAAAGUCAUACGGAAAGGUCAAGUUUCGCUUCCCCAGCCAUCUACUGCAAAAUACAGCCUUGCUUGCCUGUCUUCUGUCUUUAAAAAGAAGUAUUGAUAUGUUUACUAUCUUGUCUAGAUUGGUAUAUACACAUUUCUUUCCACGGCCUGUGUUGUUGUAAGUCUGGUAGCAACCGUCUUGACUGGUGACUCGGCAGGCUUCCUAAAGACCCUGGUCUACUGUACGGAAGUAAAAUUUGAGCAUGCGUGUCAAUGUUGUGUUACAAAUGCAACAUGCACGCCACCGUACAAGUUUCAGAGUGUUCGAGACUGUAGUAUUGUCAAUGGCUUUCUGAAAGAUAUCAUGUACAGCCUUUGCGUUGCGAAUAUUUUAUGUUGUAUAAUGUCCCUGACAGUUACCCUUGUGGGUUGUACAUUAGGCGCUCAGUAUAGCCGAUACAGUCAGGUAUGAAAACCUAACAUUAUUUUAUGUGAAGCAAAACUAUUUAUUUUAUUCUAUGAAAGAACAGACUAUAAUUUAAUAUACUGGACAAUUAUAAGUAAUAGCAUGGUUAAAUGUACCCGAAAGCCUCGAGAGGUUUAGUAAACUUUUACUAAACCUCUCGAGGCUUGAGGGACAUUUCAUCACUAAUCGACCGUAAUGCCAUGAUAUUACUUUGUAAUAUCAUAGUUGCCGAGGGAAUCGCGUGUGGUGUGUUGCCUGUUUUGAAUGCUGUCUGAUUGUCUUAUGAUUGUGGUACGAACACUUUUCAUAUAUACGCACGCGCAGAAACACAUCUCCGUGUUCAUUCGUUUUAGGCAUGCGCAUAAACGGAAUUUUCUCCCACAAUUGUAAUGUUCAAGAUUAGGGAAUAAAAGCUGGCAAAGUGAUUGUUUGAAUGUGUACGGGACGGUGUCGUCAGAUACUGUCCAUAGUUGUGCCGAUGAUUUUCGAUGAGGUACAGCUCUCCAAUCAGAGGUAAUGAGGUACGCUUUUGUCUUCUAAAUUUCCCUCAUCAAGCAUGCAGGGGAAAAUUAGAAGACAAACAAAUCCUUUGUUUUCAACUAAAUUUCCUGGGGAAAGGAUUUGUCUUCUAAUUUUCCCUUGCAUGCUUGAUGAGGGAAAUUUAGAAGACAAAAGCGUAUGCAUGGGUAAUGAGGUAAAUUAGUGAUUAAUCGUACCUCGCGAGACAAAGGAUUUCGAGGCAACUAUGGUAUUACUCUAUUAAUCCUAAACUGUUCUUAGAGGUCCAGUUAGGGCAUCUCUGAUCGAUAUAGUGUUACUUCAGUGGGAAAGAUAAGCUAAACUAAAUUUUUGUACUUGACAAUAGAUAAUCCCAGCCGUAGACUAAAUUUUGAUCUAGGCAAGAAGAACAAAAUCCAUCGCCACAGCUAGAAAGAGCAUGUUAAAAUUAGUAAAAUUGCAAAGUUUGGCUGCGAAAUGUGGAAAAUAUAGCCCUGCAAAAUUUGCAAAUUUUGUAUUACGCACAGGGAAAAUGCACCACUUUGGGCCCAAAUGUGGUGCAUUUUCCAACACGUAACGCAAACUAAUACAAAAUUUAGUCAUAGCUGGAAUAAUUUAUUGUAUCACAUUCACCUACUGUUGUUCCAGCAUCUUAAAAGACUGAAACUAUAGAAAUGUUUCAUGCUGCAUUCAUUUUAACAAUAUGAAAUUGGUCGAAGACCCGUACUCAGGAAAUAAAAUAACAACAUAAAACGCUCACUGAGUUUCCAGCGAUAUACAUACCCUUUUCUAGAUAUAUACCUAAUAAUAAUAAACGAACGAACGAAUGUAUUCCUUCCACUCGUGAGCUCAUUUACCAUUGUCACAUAUGGUAAAUGUCCAGGCCUUGUGACCAUGGAUGGGCACUUAAAAGGAAAGAAUACACACACACAAAGAUUUAUUCAACCAUUAAGAGAGAACGAUUGAACAACUGCGCAUGAACGAACGUUCAAAGUGAAUGCCUCUUGUUAGCCACCUACAAAAUUAUUAUUAGCAUAACAAUAUGUCUCACACGACAUGAGACAUUAUGCUAAUAAUAAUUUUGUAGGUGGCUAACAAGAGGCAUUCACUUUGAACGUUCGUUCAUGCGCAGUUGUUCAAUCGUUCUCUCUUAAUGGUUGAAUAAAUCUUUGUGUGUGUGUAUUCUUUCCUUUUAAGUGCCCAUCCAUGGUCACAAGGCCUGGACAUUUACCAUAUGUGACAAUGGUAAAUGAGCUCACGAGUGGAAGGAAUACAUUCGUUCGUUCGUUUAUUAUUAUUAGGUAUAUAUCUAGAAAAGGGUAUGUAUAUCGCUGGAAACUCAGUGAGCGUUUUAUGUUGUUGCAUUCCUUUUGUUUAAUAUUAUUAUUUUCAAUUUUUCCCCAUAUUAAAUCACCAUGCAGAAUUGUGCUUUCCGUUGGUCGCACCCUCCCCUGCAACGAGACUAUGACCAUCGCUACAACUGGUCACCAUACCCCACAGACCCCAUCAGCAACCUACCACCAUGGGCACCACCUGUUUAUUACCCUGUACCCAGCACUCCCAGAGGAGCAGGCCAUCAGUGUAGAAGACAACCACCCACGCUGUUUGAUUCAGUCGACUUCCCUCCUCCCUACACAUCACGAGAGCCAUCGAUUGCUGGACGGCGCACAUCCCAAGGUUCCAUAGGCAUGGAGUAUGCCUUAGAUCAUCAUAGGAUUUCGUGGGAUAGACUAGGACCCUCUGUAUUUCGAUUCUUCAGACAAGGAACAGCAAGGACCGUAUCAGAGGAUAGUUUUGAUUAUAUUGAUCAGACGGGGAGGGUCCUAGGCUCUAGCUCGGGGACGAGUGAAGGACUGUUCCAUCAUGACGACACUCAUGGACAAGUUGUUUUCAGAAGAGCUUUGGCCGAGGAUAUUGAAGAUGAAACAUUGAGGCAGUCACAAGGAGCUGUAUCACAUGUCCGUGAAAUGUUACCAUCCAGCUCAACAGAGUCGGAUUCAGAAACACCGCAUGACAAUGUAUUUAUCAGCAGGGAAACAUGUACCAUCAAUUCAGAUGGUUACCAUGGUGACACCCAUCUCGCUAGUGCUGAUGAGCAAGCUGGUGCACGACGACACUCGUGGACACCACAGAUCCGAGCUACACGCUCCAGUAAUGUUCAUAGUGCUCAUGAUGAAAUUUACCAUGCCCAUAUUGCACCAAACGUGAAUCCAUGGGCGCGGUCAAUGUCGGAGAAUGAAGCCCAUGGGAAUGAUAGGAACACAACUUUACCAGUUGCCAAACAGCGAUCCAAUAGUACUCCUUGUUACACAGCAUAUCAUGUGACCAGAGAAUGUAGCAGUGGUAAUAAUGUGACACGUACUACAGAGGAUCAUGGUAGGGUUAGCGCUGAGAUUACCGAAGCAUCAGAAGUUGAUAACCCAACUCCGUCUACAGGCUGUCCUCACGGCAACCGUAGUGUGUUUCGACAUUACACAGAGUCUGGUAAAUCAACACGGUCGAGACCUCGGAAGAAGCGAAGAAGACCGAGAAACAAUCCAGGUCACAUAUUAGAGCAUGACAGUUCAGGAUGUAAGGAUGUUACUACGCAAGCUAGCUCAGCUAUAGACAUCGAGUCAGCUUGCACAGAAUAUAGAGAAACAACAUUGUAAACAAAAACUUUGUUGAGAGGUUGUAUUAGGGCCCCGGGGCAAGAUGAAUUCGGAACCAUUCGCCUUGCGUUCACAUGGGACGCUUGAAGCCGGACGAAUUCCAGCACAGCUAACCAUACGAACUCGAGACCAAAUAAAAUUAGGUUUCGUUUUGUACCGGAAUGGCGGUCUUUUUAAAACCAUUUUGCACGGUAGAGGUUUGGGAUUGAGACCAUCUGCGCACGCGUACGUAAAUACUUCCGGGACUACAAUCGAUCCGAUUCCGUGUGAACACUUUUCGUCUCGUAAUUAAACCGGUUCCGUGUGAACAUGUGGAACCGGACGAAUUUGAGUGCGGUUCCGAAUUCAUUAACUUAGACUAAAAGAUAUUGUAUUCAUUAUAAGAGAUAUUGUACAGUACACACAUUUUGUACCGGGUGCCCCCCCCCCCCAAAAAAAAAAAACCCAAAAAAAAAAAAAAAAAAAAAAAAA